ACAUAAAGAGAAAGAGAGAGAGAGAGAGAGAGAGAGAGAUACAAACAAGUGAAACAGAAAGUUGAAGUUUCCUCUUCUCUCUGAACUUUUAUUUAUUAUUUCACACCUUUUGUACCUUUCAUUUUUGUUUUGUUUUGGAAGUAAAUGGACAAUAAUAAUGAGGAAGUUCCAUCAGCUCCUUCAACUCCUGUAACACCAGGCACUCCUGGGGCUCCUCUCUUUGGUGGGUUCAAGGCAGAUCACAGAAGCAGUGGGAUUGGUAGGAAAUCACUCCUCAAGAGCUGCAGCAGAUGCUUCACUGUUGAAGAUUGGGCUUUGGAAGAAGGCACAUUGCCUAAAGUUUCUUGUGCUUUGCCUCACCCUCCUGUCUCACUUGCAAGAAAGGUAGGAGCUGAAUUUUUGGGCACUUUCAUACUGAUCUUUGCUGGAACAGCCACAGCCAUAGUGAACCAGAAGACACAAGGCACAGAAACCCUCAUAGGCCUUGCAGCCUCCACUGGCCUAGCUGUUAUGAUUGUGAUUCUAUCAACAGGCCACAUCUCUGGGGCCCACCUCAACCCAUCUGUCACCAUUGCCUUUGCUGCACUGAAGCACUUCUCAUGGAAGCAUGUGCCAGUUUACGUUGGAGCACAAGUUUUAGCAUCAAUCUGUGCUGCAUUUGCAUUGAAAGUGAUAUUUCACCCCAUAAUGGGUGGUGGAGUUACAGUUCCUUCAGGAAGCUAUGGCCAGGCUUUUGCUUUGGAAUUCAUUAUUAGCUUCAACCUCAUGUUUGUUGUCACUGCUGUGGCCACCGACACUAGAGCUGUGGGAGAAUUGGCGGGAAUCGCGGUGGGAGCAACUGUCAUGCUCAACAUACUCAUAGCUGGGGAAACAACAGGAGCUUCCAUGAACCCAGUGAGAACAUUAGGGCCAGCCAUAGCUGCAAACAACUACAAAGCCAUAUGGGUCUACCUGACUGCACCAUUUCUCGGGGCACUCUUUGGGGCGGGAACUUAUACGGCUGUCAAGCUGCCCGAGGAAGAUGGUGACCAUAUUGAAAAGCCUUCAACAAGGAGCUUCAGAAGAUGACCGAUCAACAUUAUCAUCAGACCUACAUCAAUAAUCCAGAAGCCCACAUCAGGACAUAAUGCAGAAGGCGUGUAGCAAAAGGAAGGGAGAUAAAAUACAGUUGCAUGAUGAGCUCUGGCCGGUACAUACAUAAUAUAUAGAAAGGAAAUAGUCUGUAUUAAUAAUUAGCCAAGAUAGAGAUUCUCUCUUCCCCUCUAAGAAAGAAGAAAUUUACAAACCAAAAGAGUAUGAAGAUGAAAAUUGACACCUUUUUUUUCGGUGUGAUGGGGGCAGAGCAGAAUUGACCUUUGUCUACAUAGAUAUAUGAAACUAGGUAACAAAAUUAUUGUAGUCCUUUCUUAAAAUAAGAUUUGAGAAAAUUGAGCUUUCAAGGAGUUGCAGCAUAUAGUUGUUCACCGGUUUCAUUCUUUCCCAAAAUCCCAGUAAUCACUUAAUGUGCA